AAAGGGCUCCAACUGCCAGCAGCAGGAGCUCAGACUCUGUGGGAGACUUGCCCCGAGGAGAGCUUCCAGAGGUACCACGGACCACACGGCUGCUGUCUGGAGCCGCCUUACCAGAAGGCAGGGUGAAGAUGGAUGACUGGUACUACCCAGUGAUCUUCCCAGAUGCGCGGAAUUUCCGCCCCUUCACUUCUGACUCUCUGGCUGCAAUUGAGAAGCGGAUUGCCAUCGAAAAGGAGAAAAAGAAGCGCAAAGACGCGACAGCAGCAGAACCCCAACUUCGACCUCAGCUUGAUCUAAAGGCCUCCAGGAAGUUGCCCAAGCUCUAUGGUGAUAUUCCCCGGGAGCUGGUAGCGAAGCCCCUGGAAGACUUGGACCCAUUCUACAGAAAUCAUAAGACAUUUAUGGUGUUGAACAAAAAAAGAACAAUCUACCGCUUCAGUGCCAAGCGUGCCUUGUUCAUUUUGGGGCCUUUCAAUUCCAUCCGAAGUUUAGCCAUUAGGAUCUCAGUCCAUUCAUUGUUUACCAUGUUCAUCAUUUGCACUGUCGUCAUCAACUGCGUGUUCAUGGCCUCAACCCAUGGGAAGGGGUACAUCGGUUUAGACAUCGACAGUGCGGAGUAUGUCUUCACUGGGAUUUAUAUUUUUGAAGCUCUGAUAAAAAUAUUGGCAAGAGGUUUUAUUCUGGAUGAGUUUUCUUUUCUUCGAGAUCCAUGGAACUGGCUGGACUCCGUUGUCAUUGCAACAGCGUUUGUCUACUAUUUACCAAACGUCAGAGGCAGCGGCAUCAGUCUGUCAUCCCUGCGUACUUUUCGAGUGUUCAGAGCUUUGAAAGCCAUCUCAGUCAUUUCAGGUCUGAAGGUCAUUGUGGGGGCUUUGCUGCGCUCUGUGAAGAAGCUUGUCGACGUGAUGAUCCUGACUCUCUUUUGCCUCAGCAUCUUCGCCCUGGUAGGUCAGCAGCUCUUCAUGGGAAAUCUAAACCAGAUAUGUGUCCACAAGAGCUGUGAGAAUCACAGUAAAUUUGACGACUAUUGUUUUGAAAAGAAAAGUUCCACUGAAUUCAGACUCUGUGGCACCUGGUUGGGUACAAGUGCCUGUCUUAACACAUCAACAUGCAGCCACACCGAAACCAACCCUGACUAUGGCUAUACAAAUUUUGACAAUUUUGGCUGGUCUUUUCUUGCCAUGUUCCGGCUUAUGACCCAAGAUUCCUGGGAGAAGCUUUAUCGACAGACCUUGCGCACUUCAGGCCCCUUCGCAGUUUUCUUCUUUGUGGUGGUCAUCUUCCUGGGCUCUUUCUACCUGGUUAACUUAACCCUGGCGGUGGUCACCAUGGCUUACGAGGAGCAGAACAGGAACGUAGCUGCAGAAACGGAGGCCAAAGAGAAGAUGUUCCAGGAAGCCCAGCAGCUGUUAAAGGAGGAGAAGGAGGCUCUGGUUGCCAUGGGAAUUGACAGAAGUUCGCUGAAUUCCCUUGAAGCAUCAUCUUUUUCCCCAAAGAAGAGAAAACUAUUUGGUACUAAGAAAAGGAAGUCCUUUUUUUUCAGAGAGUCUGGGAAAGAACAGGUUCCAGUAUCAGAUUCUGAUGAAGAUACCCCAAUAAAACCACACCUCCUAGAGCAAACCAAACGGCUGUCCCAGAACCUGUCUGUUGACCUCCGUGAAGAGCAUAGCGACCCCUUCCAAAGGCAGAGGGCGCUAAGUGCUGUCAGCAUCCUGACCAUCACUAUGCAGGAACAAGAAAAAUCCCAGGAGCCUUGCCUCCCAUGUGGGGAAAACCUGGCCUCCAAAUACCUCGUGUGGGACUGUAGUCCCCGAUGGCUGUGCUUUAAGAAGGCCCUGAGAACCGUGAUGACCGACCCCUUCACUGAGCUGGCCAUCACCAUCUGCAUCAUAAUCAAUACCGUCUUCUUGGCCUUGGAGCAUCACAAAAUGGACAAAAGUUUCGAGCAAAUGUUGUAUAUUGGAAAUGUGGUUUUCACUAGCGUUUUUAUGGCAGAAAUGUGCCUAAAAAUCAUUGCGCUCGAUCCCUACUACUACUUUCGCCGAGGCUGGAACGUUUUUGAUAGCGUUGUUGCUCUUCUCAGUAUUAUAGAUGUGAUGCUGAGCAACAAAAGUGUGACAGUUUUCCGGUCCUUAAGAGUGCUGAGGGUCUUCAAGUUAGCCAAAUCUUGGCCAACUUUAAACACACUGAUUAAGAUAAUUGGCCACUCCGUGGGAGCCCUUGGAAACCUGACCGUGGUUCUAGCCAUUGUGGUCUUUAUUUUCUCUGUGGUUGGCAUGCAGCUGUUUGGCUCUAAAUUCAAUUCUACAAUGAAUAAUACAAAUUUCUGUGACCCUGCCCUCCCAUGUUUACGACGCUGGCACAUGGGGGAUUUCUACCACUCCUUUCUGGUGGUAUUCCGCAUCCUCUGUGGGGAAUGGAUCGAAAACAUGUGGGAAUGUAUGCGAGAAGCUGAAAUUCCACUGUGCAUUGUUGUCUUUUUGUUGAUCAUGGUGAUAGGAAAACUUGUGGUACUCAACCUAUUCAUUGCCUUGCUGCUCAAUUCCUUCAGCAAAGAAGAGAGAGAUGGAAAUGGUGGACAGGUCAGGAAAACCAAAGUCCAGUUAGCCCUGGACCGGUUCCGCCAUGCUUUUAAUUUUGUGAUAUGCACUCUGGGGCACUUUUGUCGCAAGUGGUGCAGUAGGCAGAACUUACCAAAGCAACAGGUGACAGGAGGCUCUUCUGCAGAGAACAAAGACGUCAUUCCCCUGGUCACAGAGAUGAAAAAAGGCCCAGAGACCUGGGAGGAGUUCUGUAAACUAACUUCUGCACCAAAGAGCUUGGAUAUUGGGCUGGAUGGGACGUGGUUGGCCCCACUUGCAGAGGAAGAAGACACUGACUUUCUUGAUGAAGAUAAUGCACAACCUGAGGCUGGAAAACAGGCCCAUGAGCUCCAUCAGGAGGCCAAGUCCAGAAGCCCAAGAGUUCAAAGUGUGGAAAUUGAUGUGUUCCCUGAAGAUGAUGCUUAUCUGUCAGUACAGAAUCCCCGAAAGAAGUCUGAUGCUACCAGUGUGUGCUCAGAAUGUAGCACCAUCGAUCUACACGAUCCCUUUAGGCGGGUGCCUGAAAUGGUUACCCAAAAGGAGCCAGAGAGAUGUUUGCCCAAAUGCCUGGGUUGCUGCUCUCCAUGCUGUGCUGUGAACAAGCGAAAGGUCCCCUGGAUCCUUUGGUGGAAACUGCGGAAAACCUGCUACCAAAUCGUGAAGCACAGCUGGUUUGAGAGCUUUAUUAUCUUUGUGAUUCUGCUGAGCAGUGGGGCUCUGAUAUUUGAAGAUAUUAACCUUCAUAAACAACCCAAUAUCAGAGCAUUACUUGAGUUUACCGACAAUAUUUUCACAUACAUUUUUAUCCUGGAGAUGGGUCUGAAAUGGGUGGCCUUAGGAUUUAGAAAGUAUUUCACCAGUGCCUGGUGCUGGCUCGAUUUCAUCAUUGUGAUUGUGUCUGUGACCACUUUCAUCAACUUAAAGAACUUGAAGUCCUUCCGGACUCUACGAGCACUAAGGCCCUUGCGAGCUCUGUCCCAGUUUGAAGGAAUGAAGGUGGUCGUUAACGCUCUCAUAGGAGCCAUACCUGCCAUUCUGAAUGUUUUGCUUGUCUGCCUCAUUUUCUGGCUCAUAUUUUGUAUCCUGGGGGUAAACUUGUUUUCUGGAAAAUUUGGAAGAUGCGUGAAUGAAACAAAUGACUCGAUCUUAAUGCAUUACACUAUUAUCGCAAAUGAAAGUCAAUGUAAAAUGACCAAUUUAUCCUGGGUCAACCUGCCAGUCAACUUUGACAAUGUGGGGAUGGCUUACCUCGCCCUGCUGCAAGUGGCAACAUUUAAGGGCUGGACGGAUAUUAUGCAUGCAGCUGUCGAUGCCAGAGAGAAAGAUGAGCAGCCAAUGUUUGAGACGAACACAUACAUGUACCUUUACUUCGUAGUUUUUAUCAUCUUUGGCUCAUUCUUCACUCUGAAUCUCUUCAUUGGUGUUAUUAUUGAUAACUUCAACCAACAACAGAAAAAGUUAGGUGGCCAAGACAUUUUUAUGACAGAAGAACAGAAGAAAUACUAUAACGCAAUGAAAAAAUUAGGAUCCAAAAAACCUAUGAAGCCCAUCCCAAGGCCUCUGAACAAAUGCCAGGGCCUCGUGUUUGACCUGGUCACACACCAGGUCUUUGACGUCGUCAUCAUUGCCCUCAUUCUGCUCAACAUGGUCAGCAUGAUGGCUGAGUCGUCUGACCAGCCUCCAGCCAUGACUUCCAUCCUUGACUGUCUCAACCUGAUAUUUGUGGUCAUCUUCACAAUUGAGUGUCUCAUCAAAAUCUUUGCUUUGAGGCAAUACUACUUCACCAAUGGCUGGAAUUUAUUUGAUUGUGUGAUCGUGGUCCUUUCCAUUGUUAGUACAAUGGUUUCUACCUUGGAAAAACAGGAGCACAUUCCUUUUCCUCCGACACUCUUCAGAAUUGUCCGCUUAGCUCGGAUCGGCAGAAUCCUGAGGCUUGUUCGGGCAGCACGAGGACUCCGGACUCUCCUUUUUGCUCUGAUGAUGUCCCUUCCCUCUCUAUUCAACAUUGGUCUUCUACUCUUUCUGGUUAUGUUUAUUUAUGCCAUUUUUGGUAUGAGCUCUUUUUGCAGGGUGGAGCAAGAUUCUGGAAUUGAUGACAUAUUCAACUUCAAAACUUUUGCAGGCAGCUUGCUUUGUCUCUUUCAGAUAACCACGUCAGCAGGCUGGGAUACCCUCCUCAAACCCAUGCUGCAAUCAAAAAGUUCAUGUAACUCCAACACAGAGAAUAAUCACCUCUCUACCAUAGCCAUAGCCUACUUUGUCAGUUACAUCAUCAUCUCCUUUCUCAUCGUUGUCAACAUGUAUAUUGCUGUGAUUUUAGAGAACUUUAAUACGGCCACUGAAGAAAGUGAGGACCCUUUGGGUGAAGAUGACUUUGAAAUAUUCUAUGAAGUCUGGGAAAAGUUUGACCCAGAAGCAACACAGUUUAUCAAAUAUUCCGCCCUUUCUGAUUUUGCUGAUGCCCUGCCUGAGCCUUUGCGUGUGGCAAAGCCAAAUAAAUUUCAGUUUCUAGUAAUGGACUUGCCCAUGGUGACUGGAGAUCGCCUUCACUGCCUGGAUAUUCUUUUUGCUUUCACCACUAGGGUACUCGGUGACUCCGAUGGUUUGGAUAACAUGAAAACAAUGAUGGAGGAGAAGUUCAUGGAAGCCAACCCUUUCAGGAAGUUAUAUGAACCCAUCGUCACCACCACCAAGCGGAAGGAAGAGGAGAGAUGUGCCGCUGUUAUUCAAAAGGCCUUUCGAAAGUACAUGAAGAUGACCAUGAGUGUUUUGGAAGACAGGCCUCAUACACCACUCCAGACACUCUGCAAUGGAGAUUUGUCCAGCCCUGGGGUGGCGGAGGGCAAGGUCCACUAUGACUGAGCCCCUCCCCUCCACCCCUACCUCACAGCCUCACAGCCUUGCUUCCAGCCUCUGAGCUCCAGGGAUCCACAGCUCAGUGUAUGAACAGACAGUGGACUCACGGAACUAGCUAUUCUAUUUUUUUUUCUGGCUAAAAGAAGGGAUAUUUCAAAGUUCACUUCAAAUGGUUUUUAUAGAGCUAUAAGAUAACGCUACCUGACUAUAACCACUGGUACUGUUUUAAUAAGGAAGAAGACGCUAGAAAGGGCUGUAGAGGACACACUAAUGUUAGGAUUGAAACACCGUUCAAAUUAUGUCAAAAGAAUUUUUUAAAAAUUAAAAUUUUAAGUUAUGUUUUUCCACGUUUCUAGGUACAUUAUCCAAUAUGUUUAUUUACUG